UCACUGAAAUUUUUCAUUUUGCUUUCUGGGUUUUUAAUUUGAAGCGCCUUUGUAUAAUUACUUGAUUAAAAAGAAUAUAAAUCUCUUUUUGUGGUUGUAUUGUUGUGCUUUAAAAAAAAAAAUUAAUGUUAAUGUAAAUCUCAUUGUUGAGUGUCACUGUUGCAUUAAUUAAACGUAUUUUUUUCUUUUGUGUUUCGUUUUUCUUUGCAUUAAUUGUAGAAUGUAGCUUCUUCUUCUUGUGAUAAGGAGCCAGUUUUGACUUAAAACGCUUUUGGGUAUAACCUGUUUGUUUCCCUAGAAAGUGAAAGUAAAAGAGAAAGAAAAAUUCAUUCUUUUUGUUUCAUGAUUCAUGUUGUUUUGGUUUAAAAAAGAAAAAGGAAAUCUCAAUUUUUCUUUAGAUUUCUUGGUUUUGACAAAGCUUGGAGAAAAAUUAAAGGGAGAGAGAGAGAGAGAGAGAAAAAAAAAAAAGAAAAAAAGAAGAAGAAGGGAAUAAAAAGAUAUAAGGGUUUUAGUCUCAAAUUACUUUUUAAGCUAUUUUUUUUUCACUGAUUAGCUAAUGUUAUUUUGGGUUUUUGUUGUGUCUAUUGAAUACUAUAUGCUGCACAAUAGCUUUAUAUAAUUUUUUUCUAUUCAUUUUAAGAAUUUUCUUUUUAUCAUACAUGAAGCAUUUCAUUGUUAAGCGGGUUUGAUUUUCAUGUGUUUUCAGUUUUUUGCUAAAAUUUUCAGAAGCUGUUCUUACUGUAAAGUUUUGUACCAAUAAGGUGGUGGUAGGUUAGGAUGCUGGCAGAAGUAUGGCGCUAAGUCACUAAUAGGAGGAACAUGCUGUGUUCUUCUCCUUUCCAUAAGACUUGCAUUAAAAGCUUUCGGAUGUAUAUUUGCUAGGAAGCUCUAACACACCGUUUAAGUUUAGAUCAUCAUGUCAAGGCAAGCUCACCUUCCACCUCGUUGCCCUCGUCCAUUUCAUGACCCAAUCUCUCCUCUACAGCGUACAGAAUCAUACCCUGGCCACAAUAAAUCAUCCUUCCAAAAUUCGAUCCUAGAGGAUCAGCCAACAUGGCUGGAUGAUUUGUUAAGUGACUCUAGCACAAAUUCUGUGGGAAUUAUCCAUCGUCGGUCUUCUAGUGAUUCACUCACUCUCUUGGAUGGUCUUGCAGACUCUUUUUCAGGUUUGAAUCCCUGUAAGGAUGAUGAUAAUUCAGUUGGGAAUAAAACUUGUAGUGGGUUGGAGUCGGCUUGUGUUUAUGGUCCUAAUUCCCCUAGGAAAAGAGGUAAUAUAACCUUCUCGGAGAAUGCUAUAGUUUCAGCAUUAUCAGAAUGUGUUGUUGAGAACCCUUUGCAAUAUGUGGAUGAGAGCCUUUGCAUAUCUGGGAUUAAUCACUCUGAUUUGAAAGGGGAUGCUUGUACUUCGACUGGUGAGCUCAAUGCUGAAGCAAAGAUGGCAAAAAGGCACUCCGGGCAACGCUCUAGGGUUCGCAAACUUCAGUAUAUUGCUGAACUGGAAAGAACUGUUAGUAUUUUUCAGACUCUACAGUCAGAAUUGUCAGUCAGAGUUGCUUCACUACUUCAGCAACAUGUUUCUUUGUCCCUGGAAAACAGAACAUUAAAGCAGCAGGUGGCCAGAGUGCAGCAGGAAAAGUUGAUCAUGGAAGGUCAAUAUAAGUCCCUGAAGAAAGAAGCUGAGAGGUUGAAAAUUGUUUUGGCCAAAUCAUCCCCUACUAGCAAGGCCAAAGCUUAUUUUGGGUCUUCUCGAUCUGCAGCCGAAGCGUCUAGGUCAGAGGUUACUUGGCAGAUGUUAGAUAUGGCUAAUCUUAAUCUUAAUUGAUAUACCUGAAGGCAAUAAACCACGCUUUUUGAUGCACUUUAACAAGAUAUAACUCUUACUCUCUUACGCAUUAUUUCCGAACAUGAAUCUAGCUAAUGCAGCACCAUCUCUAAACUUCACUCCCAGUUGCUGAAUUUUAAAUGUCCUGCUGCAUUUUACAUUCUGGCAACUAAUUUUAACUUCUCCUUCUUUUUUUUUUUGUUCUCCGUAAAGUGGCAUCAUUGAAGAGAAUGAA